AUGCGGGGCGGCUGCCGCCUCUUCCCGCUCCUGCUCCUGGCGCUGCUGCGCGGGCUGUGUCACGGCAGGGAACGGGCCCCGGGCGCUGUUACCUGCGGCUCGGUGCUGAAGCUGCUCAACACUCGCCACAGCGUGCGGCUCCACUCGCAUGAGGUCAAGUACGGCUCCGGAAGCGGGCAGCAGUCAGUGACAGGAGUUGAAGCUUCAGAUGAUGCCAACAGUUACUGGCGGAUUCGUGGGAAGAGUGAUGGCAGCUGCCAACGAGGAACACCAGUGAAAUGUGGGCAAGCUAUACGACUUACCCAUGUUAACACAGGAAAAAAUUUACACACUCAUCACUUCCCAUCACCACUGUCCAAUAAUCAGGAAGUAAGUGCCUUUGGUGAUGAUGGCGAAGGAGAUGACCUCGAUAUAUGGAUUGUGCAAUGCAGUGGGACUUACUGGGAGCGGGAGGAUGCAGUGCGCUUCAAGCACGUAGGAACUGAGGUGUUCCUUUCAAUAACAGGGGAACAGUAUGGCCAUCCCAUUAGGGGCCAACGGGAAGUCCAUGGCAUGCCUACUGCUAAUCAUCACAACUAUUGGAAAGCAAUGGAAGGAGUCUUCAUCAAACCCAGUAUGGACCCUGCAAAACAUGAUGAGCUCUGAAUUGACAGAGGAUCCAAAAUGCUUCAGCUUACUCCAGUGUUUGGAGAUGCUAAUCCUUGGUCUCUUUUAAGUCCCGCCUUGCCUAAGUGACUGACUUUCUGUAUUACUGAAGGGCAUUAGUUCAUUCUAGGAAUGCAGCACUUCUGUGAGGAAUGGCAUCUGCCAGGUUCAGCCAUUGAAAUUUAUUUGGUGAAAUCUUUUCUGAAUUUUCAAGCUUAAUCGAUGAAACUAGUUCAUACAUCUGUUAGUUUUCGUUGUCAUUUGUUUUGCUUGUUACUUUUUCUCAAAUUUGAAGGAAAUGGAAAAACUGAAGUAAUACAUUCUGUAGUCCCAAGUACAAUAAAACAUUGUGUUUUGUAAUCUUUUUCCAAUUAUGAUUAAAUAUUUGGAAACUGAUUUCUGCUUCUUAGUGAGAGAAUGUUAUUAAUGAGGAGAUGGAGUAAGUCUAGAAAGGGAAAAAUAGUUAUCAUAUAUGGUGUCUUUUGAAUGGCUUCAAGUCAGCUUUUCAGCCUUCCAGAAAAAUGAGUUUCAUUGUGUACUGUAUUGGAAGAGUUGAAAAUACUGUGUAUGUUGGAGUAAGAAGACAAAGUUUUAAUUUAUUCACUUCCUCCAAGAAGUUCAGAUUUUCUGCUAAUGGUGAUACUGCUAAUUGUCAAAUGGUAAGACUGCUCUGUUCUAUGAA